UCCCCAUCACCACCAUACACACUCACUCUCACACCUACACCAUCUACACACACAUGCCCACGCACAUGCACACGCGCACUGCCACGCCGCCGUACCCUGCCGCCGUUUCGUCUAGCGGCUACCCGGACUUCCUGCUCGCGAAACAGUCGUCCAGCUUCAAGAAGUCCUCGGAGCGGCUCGAGUACGAGCUGAGCCAGUGCAACAUGUACUCGGCGUGCCCUUCGACGCGCUCCAGCCGGUCGGGGGGCUCGCUGCUGCUCGAGGAGGUGGAGGCGGCGCCGCGCGCGCGACUCGUGUGGCGCCGCAGCGCCAGCUGCCGCAACCUGCGCGACUUCAGCUUCGACGACGCCGGCAGGGCUAAGCACGGGGGCAAGCAGAAGCGCGACACCAGGAGCAUGGUUGCCGAUCUCGACUACUACUACCCGGCGGGUGAUCGCCGCAUAGACUCUCCGAUCACGAGGUACGACGACGCUCGGACUCUCGCCUUCGUUCUGGGCACUCAGAGCUCGAUCGAAGCGCAGCGGGAGAUGAUAGGUCGCACCUACUCCUCGAGUUUCCCGGGAGCGGUGAGUGAGCCUAGGUUAGAUGCGCCCGCGUUCGUUCGUAGCGGUUCUCAAGACGAUAUUUCGCACGACAGUUAUGAAGUCGUCGAGAGAUCGGACGAUGAAUCAGAAAAUCCCAGAUAUGCUAGAAUUCAGCCGCGGUCGGUUGUUCACACUCGGUCAUGUUCGUUAGACUCCGGUAAUGAUUUGCCAUCAGACGAUGAUCAAUCACUCUCCCAUCUCUCUGAAUGUGGAGAUCAGGAGCCUGAAAUUGGGAUGCCCAGUGUCAAGUAUAAGAGUGACAACGACAUUCCUCUCGAUCCGUUCCUGAUGGACGAUCCGAGAGUGUUACCACGAGAAAAACUAUCCGUUAGAUCUGACGGCAGUUUUUAUAAGGAAAUUAAACGUGCGCUUGGCUCAAGAACUUCCAGUCAGGAAUCAAAGAGCGAUAUUUACGAAAAAAUAUCGAAGAGUAGCGCCGAAUCUAGCAAGAAAUCUCGUGAUAGCGUUUAUCAUACUGAUAGCAAAAAAUCCCGCGAGACUUUGAAGAGCAAAAGCUCGGACAGAUCCGGCUCAAGAACAUCGAGCCAGGAUUCUAAGUCCGAUUAUUAUGAUUGCAAGAAAAGUUUGUAUGAUCCUGACGAUGUAAUUGUUAGACGACGUAGUACUACUAGUGUACAAAAUGCAUUUAUUGACCCUUUCGAGCAAAUAUCACCGUCGUCUAGCCCCGACUCAGGGAAGGAAUUCUAUGAUACACAACCGACUUUUAUUGGAAUGGAUAAACCAGAAUAUAGUGAGAGGACAUUAUUCGAUAAAUCUCAUGAAGAUUUGAUUGCUAAUCUUGCUCAUUCGCCGAACUUUUAUCAUAUAUCGACUCCCUAUUCGACUUUUCCGAGCAAUAGUAAACAUCACAAAGAACCAAGUCCUAUGCAUUCUGCGAGUCUGCAAAAUGUAGAGCUGGAGCAAUACGGACAGUAUUCUGAUUUAAGUCCACCUAAGAGAAUGGAUGAACUAUCUACUGAGGAAGAAGACCUUCAUCUGCAUACGACUCACAUUUGGUCUGAAAAAAUUCCGGGCCUUGACACUGAAAUUGAUUUGCGAGCCACGAAAAUACUUAGUUAUCAGCGACGACGUUCAUCUGAUACAGUUUUCAGUUUUGACAAAGAUAAAAUCGAGUCUCUUACUCGUUCUACAAGUAAAGAAGCCGCUCCUCCACCCUCUCAUCUCGUUAAAGAAUCAUCAAAUGAAUCUGAAGUUAAUGUUCGUAUAUUGCCCGCUAUGGACAGUAUCGAGUACGCUAAGCAAAAAGCUAACAAAGCCGCUGGUAUAACUGAAACGUCAUCAAUCCUUCAAUCCGAAUUCGACAAAAAUAUGCGUGGAUUAUGUACUUUACAUACGCAUAUCGUUAGGAAAGAAAACUUGAAAGAAGAGUUAAUGGCUAAAACUCACUUCGAUGAAUACAAUCCCAAACUUAUUUUAGAGACUAGUUCUAGCAGUCGUCUCGCAGACAGCGCUCCUCCGUACACACAUCCCACGGUUGAAAGAACCAAGAGUGAUCCUAACAGUCUUGCGAAUAGACCACGGUUUAGUAGCGUUAACUCGCGGAGACAUGUCCUUAUGCAUCAAAAAUCCAUUGACUUGACUCCAGCGGAAUCGAGCGACGAAGACUACAUAUUUCGUCAAAUCCCUAGUGCUCCGCCUAUUGCAACAAAACGUUCAAAUUUCGAGUUGCCGUCUAGACACCCAGACCAUUCGCGACCGCAAUUUGAUUUGCCUAAGAACUACUUCAAGGAAUUUGAUGCAUUCAAAGCUGGGUUCAAAGAUGUUAAGAAGCAGGUUGAUGACGAGUAUGAUAUUCCAUACGUUUUGCAUAAAAGGCAUAUCAUGAAUGGAACUGCUCCUUCGCCAAUGGAUGAUAAAAGACAACCUCCAGAUAUCAUUAUGCUUCCACCGCAAAAUGGACGUCACAUCGUGAGUGCUCAUCCUCGGUGUAAGUACCACGAUCAUCCUAAGUCUCCGCGUUCGCCUAAGUCGCCAAAAUCUCCAAAGUCUCCUAAAUCGCCAAAAUCACCAAAAUCUCCAAAGUCACCAAAGUCGCCAAAAUCUCCAAAGUCUCCAAGAAAUAGCAUACAAGUGGACCACAGUUCUAAAUUUUUGGAAGUUGAAAGUCGAGAUUUCUUAUUCACUCAGAAUAUUGACCUGUCCAAAGUCGAUCCAGUUACUUUGGAAAUAGAUAAAAGCGGACAAAUGCAACAUAUGCCUAGUCCAAAAAGAGACAUUACUAAGAACUUAGACCCAGCGUUGUUGGAAACAUUAAAUUCUAAGCUGAGCCAAAUUGAAAGUGAUUCUGCGACAAGUUCAAAAACUGAUAGUAUUAGACAGGAAGCUCAAUAUCCACAUGAUAUAAAAUUCACUAUCAACGGACGCAAUGUGCAACAACCACCCAUUAAGGAAUGCAAACCAAUGACUGCUGCAGAGAAAUUGCGAGCUGACAUCAAGUCAAAAUCGGAUAAAUUGCCUCCAAAACGAGGGUCAAAAGGACGCGGCACUGGUAAAAAGGGAGUGGGCAGCAAAAUUAAAGGAAAGAGUAACAAGAUUCGUAUUACUUCAUUUUCUUCGGACGAUGAAAGCGUUGAUUCUGAUGAUGUAUUCGGUACUACCGAAGCAGCACCCAAGCUGGAGUUUUCUCCUCCACAAUCUCGUAAAGAAUUAGAACCAAUUUUACAAAUGGAGUACGAUAAAAUUACAUCUGGCGCUUGGCACAGAGGACAAACAAUGAGUUCGACAGAAAUUGAAGGUUCGCCUCCGCAAUGUCGAAAACUAGUCGAACUUGAAGCUAAGUAUAACCCGCAGAUACUAGAAAAUCUCAGUAGUGGCAAUGCGACUGAACUCAGGCGAAUUUCCGAACGAUCAAUAUCUAUACCUAGUUCCGAGGAUGAUAUUGCUAUAAAAAUACCAGAAAUUAAGCAACUAAGCAAAGAAAGUUCUACUUGGGAGUAUAAUGAAAAUAUUCCUUCACCAAUACUUGAAAGCAUCGAAUUCCUCAAAUCGGAUGACGAACAUUUAGCAGAUAUGGAGAUCCAGAAAGUAACGGGUCUUCGAACGCAAUCUGAGGAGAAAAGUGAGACUAAAGACGAAAUAAAAGAUAGACUUAACGUUAAGAAAAGUUUGCGGGAUGAAUUGAUUUCGCCAAUGCUUCGUAAGCCUGGUGGCACUCCAAUUUUGUUUGCCCAUGCGAGGUUAAACCUUUCUGAAGGCUCUGUCUUCUCCUUACAACGUCAAAAAGCAACACAAGAUUCUCCAACCGCCAGUCGCAGAGCGAAGAGUUUAGAUACACCUGUUAUUCAACUACACCGUCUUCCUCCUAUGAAUGCUUUUUCCUCUAAGGAUGACACUGUGGAAGAUAUCAAUGAAGAAGGAGUAAUAUUGGAAGAAAAACCUUUAUUAGACGAUAAAGGAAAAGCUGCGAUCGGCAAAAUUGAUGAGGUAGAAGAAGAACAGCCGGAGGAGUUAAAAGUUGUUGUAAUUGACAACGAAGAGCUGCAAUUAUUGGAAGAAUUAGUCGAACAGCGACGCCCUCGAUCUUUUAAACGUCGAUAUGAUAUGACUAAAUUGAACUCUCAAAUUAAGUCUCCAUCGCGGUCUCCACUAAGCAGAUCGCCUCUAUCUCGUUCGCCAAUUUCAAAAUCGCCAUCAAGGUCGCCGACGUCGUCUCUGAAUUCGCCUAGAGGUAGCAUCAGAAAACUAUCCGAUCUUAGCGAGGAUCAAAUAGUACCUGACAUUGAGAGAAUCAAACGAAAAGAAAAGAAAAAGUUGACUCUGAAAACUAAGCCUGAAGAUAAGCAAAAGAUUUCAAGCAAAUUGAAUAAAGGAGGUUCACUUGACACAAACGCGACUACAGUAAAAGCUUUACAGACCCAGAAAUCAUUGCCAUCGUCUUUGAAAGAUAGACCAGAUUUCUUAACUGUUCCGCCACUUGAAAUCGCUCGCGCUCAGAGUCAAGAGCUAGAACAAUCUGCAAGGAAAAUUUCUAAAGAGAAGUCAAAAUCUCUUGGGGAAAUGGAAGUCAAACGCACGGGUAGUAAAGAACGAACUAAAUCCCAAGAAGGUAGUGAUACUGAAAUUGCAAAACGCAAAGAGAAACAACAAAUGCUAUUUGAAGCUGCACUGAAGCAGACUAAGACACUUAUCAGCCCGGUCAAGGAUACUAUGCCGCCAUUCCCUCCUCCAGAAGACAAGAUCUUAGUGAAAACUGAAGGCGACAAAAUAAUUAUUGAAACUCAAAUAAGUAGCAAAGCCGAAGAUCAUGUUUUUAUUGCCAAGUCCCCCAAAAAAUUGGAUAAUAAGUUAACUGGCAAAAUCAGUAGAAGUUUCGAAGAUCAGAAAGCUUCUAAAACGAACAAUAAGAUGAACAAAAGCAUGGAUGAUAAAUCAAGCCAAUCCUUGGAAGAUAAAUUUGACGAUCUUGCUGCUUUACAGAAGUCUCCUAAGACACUAUCUAAGAAACAAGAAAUUAAGCAACAAAUUGAAGGAAAAGUUGUGUAUCAAAAAAUUCACCCCAGUGUUAAGUCAAAGAGUUUGGAUAGGAAAGCUGAAUUACAUCUCGAUACAAAUGCAAAAUCUAAAAGUUUGGAUAGGAAUUAUGUCACUCCUCAGACAAUGAUUUCGGAAGGUAGUGACAGGCACUUCAAACAAGAAAUUGUUAAAGUUGAUGUACAUCCCAGUGUAGAAGAAGAACCAGAGCCAGAAGCCGAACUACCUCCAAUUGCUAAAGUACAGAAAAGGAAGGAAAAAAAUGUGUCGCCGACACAAAGCUAUAAAGAGAGGACCGAAGAUGACUCGUCUAUUGAGUGGAUGACAAGUUCACAAUAUACAGUUAUAGAAAAUGAUACACAAACUGUCAUCAUGGAACGUCGCAAAAUGGACAUUUACAACAAACAAAGACAAUCAGAAUUGCAAGAGAGUAAAAGUAACCAAGAUGUUCAUAGUUUACUAUCUGAUAGGAAACCUGAAGUUACUAGGUUGACCAGUGAAGAGGAGUCGCUGACCGAAGUAAGUGAGUUAAAAGUGUCUGAUGAAAGUAACAUGCUAGGUAUUUCUUUACCUUACAUUGACGCCGACAGUUCUUCUGAUCAAGACCAAGGAUCUAGAAGGGACAUGAAAACAGCAUUGCUUUCUCGAGGUCGUAGCUCUGAUACUGGGUCGUGCGCUACUGCUGAUUAUGAAGAAGAUACUGUGGACACUGAUUUACCGAUCUCUGAUACAAGUUCACGGAAAAGUAAAGGACGCAGAACUUUAGAUCCUCAGGGAACAUUUGAUGAAUCGUCCGCUAGUCUGGUAGAAUUCUUAAAGCAGGAAUCGAUGACUCAGGAAAGUGUACCUGAAUAUAAACCUAGGGAAUCUCCUAAAACGAUGGACUUUACUACUUUAAAGAGAAAGAACAAAAAUAAAAUAAUUGUUACGCCGCCACAAGAAAAUAGUCCCACCACGGAAAAUAUACCGUUUAUAGACUCUAGUACUUCAAAGUCUACACAUAAAUCGGAAUCUGGAGAACAGACGGGUAGUUCGGGGAGCGCUAACGAUAAUUCUCCGACAGAUUUGAAAAAUGACCAAAAAGUUUUGUUGACUGCAAAAUCUAGGCGCAGCGAAUUAUUGAAAUUAAGUGCCGAACGUUCAAGAAGUUCAGAAUCUACCUCGUGGACAAGCAUUGAGAAAGAUGCGAGUCCUUCGAGUGCUCAUAUCAAAGGAAGCUCUAUCGACGACGAGUCAAGUGUCAGCUGCUCUAUUGCCAGACCAUUAGGCAUAUCACAAGACAUUGAAAAACUGAACAAGAAAGACAGAGAAUCUUUGGAAGAAUUAAAACAAGCGAUGGAAUAUGGAGAAGAACGUUUGGUUUCCCAACAUACUUUAUCAAGCGAGCAAUCCAAAUCUAAUUCAAAAUCUCCUUCACCAGUUCCUGAUCGCAUUGAAAGUCCUCGUAGUCCUCGAUCUCCUCAUAGUCUUUAUGGAAUGAGAAAAUCUCCUACACCAACGUUAGAGAAACAAGGACCUGUAGAUUCACAAAAAGCACCUUCUGAUUCAGAUUCGAGCUCUGAGAGCAUCCAUAAGACAGUUGAACAACUUUCUAAAACAAAUGUCAAAAAGCCUGGCUUAGAUAAAAUUGGAAAAUGUGUUGUAGAAGAAUCUGAGUCAAGCCAGUCGGCGGCUUCCAAAACAUCUGACUUGAAAAAAGAAUCCCUUAACCAUGUUAAAAAAACUAAGAUUGCAAUUACAAUAUCCCAAGAAGAUCAAAAUACUACUAUAGAUUUUGACGACGAUGGUAAUGUGAUCACAUCUUCUUUUGAGCGAGAGCUGAUGAAGAAAAGGUCUUUAAAAGAUACUGAUCAGAAAAGUUCAUCAAAAUCUAGUGUGGAUACUACUACCACUACAACUCCAUCAAAAGGAUCUCUAAGUGUAGAUGAUUCUUCUCUCUCAAGAAGAAGGAGUCUAGGUGAUCAAAAGAGUUCUUCUAAAUCGAGUAUGGAUUCUAAAGGCUCUCUUAGUGUUGAGUCUAGAGGAUCAUUUGAAACAACAGAGUCUACGUCAGGUUCUCUCGGUGAAGCAUACCGUCGAGGCGAAGAACUAAAACCGACAUGGCGUCCAUUUUUUGGAGCAUCGGGUAGUGAAAAUAGUACAAGCAUAGAAGAAGCUUGGAUACCGCAGGAUCACGAUGGCUACGAAAGUUUAGUCAACAAAGAAGGCUUUGAAUAUAAUAACCAAAGAUUAUUGGACGACUUACAAUCGUUUUCUAAAAAUCCACCACUGUCAUCAAAUACUUCCAAAGAUUCAACUGAAGCCGAUUUUACAGACGAUCUGAACGAUUUUCCUGUCAAUUUGUUAUAUCCAGCUACUUCACAGACAUCCACGUCUUCAGACUUAGUUAUUGGCUAUGGUCAAAACUUUGGUCGUACUCUAUCUCGAAUUUCUGAACGAAGCACUGCGUCAGAGAAAACGAGUGCUGACGAAGAUUCUACAAAAGCUUGCUCGCGAUCAGAAAGUAUUAAUGAGGAAUCAUUAAACUCUAGUGAUCAUCAAGCCAGCCUUAGCUCUGAUCCUCCGAGUAAUGCUAAUGUCGCGUAUAUAUCAGAUACAGAUAGAAGAACUUCAGCUGAAAUGCCAGAUAUACCCAUUGAUCAGACUAAAAUCAGCGAAAUGUAUUCUGAAUCUAAAAGGGAUGCAGAACGUGCAAGUAAAUUUGAUGAAUCUAAAAAAUCAACCGACAGCCCUAAAUCUAAAAAGGGUAAAGCCAAAGAACCCUCUAAAGUUUCAUCUAGCGAAGAAUCUGAGGACUGGCCAUUACCAGAGCUACCACCUGUGGUAGCCAUUAAAGUAUCUGAAUCUGACGAAAAUAAACGUCGGAAAUCUAGUGAUGAAUGGCCAUCUCUUCCGUCCAGUUUGCUGGAGACACCUAUCGUAGAAAAAGUGCAUAUCUAUUACAUGAGCAAUGAGCCAGAGCAACCUACACAAGUAGUUCUCAAAUCAGAGAGUUCAAAAGAUCACCUUCAAGGGUCGGAUGAAGAUAGCGAUACGCUAAAUAACGACGAUGAGCUCGAAAAAGAUAUUCAGGAGUCUAGAUCUGAAAAGUCAGGAGGACGUAGCAGUGAGUCUACACAUAAAAAUGUUAAAACUAUACCUUAUGAUAAGUCCGGUUACAUGGUUGAACCUCUCGAGAACAAAAGUGUCGUUCCAAAUUAUGAUAAGUCUUGUUUGAGCGGAACAUUCGGUAAAGCCUCUUGUCUUAUAGAUGUGGGUUCUUGUUGUUCCCGUGGAGAACAUAAAUCAUUCACAGCGAAAAGUUUAGAGGAUAAAGUCAUUAUAAGUCAGCCCCAAAAAUCUCCAACCAAUCAUAGUCCAAUAUUUGAAGACACUGAUGAUGUAUUUGGCGCGGAUAGUAAAUCACUGUCUCCGGAUUUUGAUAAGUUCUCACAAUUAGGCGCACACAAGUUGUCAUACGGAUCAAACAACUCGGAUACGUCUAUUGAUGAUCUGUUAUCUGCAACUAAUGCUGACGAAACUGUACGCGCUGCUACUAAGUUAAGUACCGGUAGUCCUGGGACUUGCAAAAGAUGUAGUCACAGUAGUCAUUCUGAGGAAGAAACUAGUUCUUUCGGUACAGAUUUAGACGGUACGGUGAAAAUAGGUCUUCCCCAAAAGAAAUGUACUCAUAGUUCUCAUUCAGAAGACACUUCUAUUUGUUUAAGUAUUUCCGAGUGGUCCACGGGAACAAACACAGUACGCCAGUAUGCGAAUCUUUCCGCUUCUGAAAGCAUUUCAGCCGUCUCCGUUCCGAAAAGUGAGAAGUCGGAGAAUGUGUCAACAAAAGCCUUUUCGGCGUCUCAUGCCAGUAAGAAAUCCGAACAAAAACCAAAGAUGAGCUCACAAGGAGAACCAAUCUCUAAAAGCAGUAGCCUUGAUAAAAGUUCUGAGAAUAUUAAAUAUGAUAAGCUCUGCAGUUCCGAAACUACUAUAUCGAGGAAAAUUGAUAGUAGCUCAGGUACCAAAAGCGAUAGUACUUUAACUUUGGCUCAGUCAAUAUCUGAUUGGUCGGCUAGCACCAGCCACACUCUGGUUGCAACAGCCCUUGGAGACGAGCACGAUGGCGAAGAUACCAAAUCCGAUCAUACAAUUGUAAAGGAGAUCCCUUAUAUAUUAGAAGAAAGACAUGUAGAACCUUCAAUUUCGAGGAAGUUGUCACCUACUAAAGACAACUACGAACUCGUGGAGCCUGUUUUAAGAUUAACUGCUCCGUACGCCAUUAAAACAGAAAAGUCUUCGUCUAUCAGUUAUAGCGACAAAUCUGAUAAAUCGAGCUCCAGUUCGUUGAGCAGCCUCCAAAAACAUACUAAUGGUGUUUUGAAGUUUGAUCAAAGACUGAAAGGAUAUCAGCCUCAAGAUGUGACUCAUGAACGAUAUCAAAAGGCACCCCCGAAAAGUAUGAGUUAUGAAGAGCAAACUCAGAGACAUAUUAAACCAACACUUCGAUGCCAGAGUGAGGACAGUGGUUUUAAGCCUUACUGUGUAGCCCCUCAACCUGAAUUAGACAUCGAUAUGCCAUCUCAACUUUACAGUCAAGAAGAAAAGCAUAGUGAGCGAUAUCAAAGUCAAGAGUUUUCGAAUAUAAUUCGUGAAGACAUAGGGGGUCAAUUUAUAAGAUCUGACUACAAACCUUUAGCUAAGCAUGCAAGUUAUGAUGACAAAACUUUAUCGAAAAACCAGAUAAAGGAAUAUAAAACGUCUCAGCAGUAUCGCAGUAAACCUAAAAGCUGGUCGUUUCAUGAACACUAUUUAGUGUCACCUGAUUUACCCAUUAUAUCUGUACCGGAACUUCCGGCAGUACACCGGGAACUUCAAGAAAAAAAAUCUGCAGAGAGGUCCGGCAAGACGCCGCUUUCUAGGUGCUCUCCUUACUACUCUAGUAGUUUGAGCUCAGAGUCCCCGCCUAUACAACCAAUGAAGGCGCCGGUUAAGAAAUCUUUAUUAGUGAGGAACAUUUCAUUAAAGAGUCCACCAAGUGGCAAUGACACAGACAGUUCUUUGGAUGUGAUAAAAGAUCCUAGGGAACGAAUGAAAACGUUUAGACGUAAGAAACAGGUUACGAGUGCGCGAAAAAGGCAAGAAAAAAUUCAGGACGUGUUAGAGGAAGAUUCAACGAAGAGCCAAUGUUCUUCAGAAAGUGAAAAGUUGGCAGGGGCCAAUUACCUCGCAGUUGAAGAUAAUUUGCGUCGCAUGGAAAGUUCAGAAUGCUCCGACAGCUAUUUACCUGAAGUGGAAUCAGGAUCUUCUGAAGUUUCGAAAGGCGAUUCCAAACAUUAUGACAUUCAAGAGAUAGCCAGCUACUCUGAAGAUGAAGGACAAGAGGAUUACGCUCAAUAUAAAAGCAAUACUUAUGAAGCUCAACAAUUUCCUAUUAGUAUAACUCCAGUACAAUUCCAAGGGUUCGGUUCUUCCGCUGAUGAAGAUGAAAUGGGCUUCCCUCGAUUUGAUAGAUUGGGAAGAUUGCGUCAUCCAUAUUUGGAUACACAAGAACCGCCUUAUGUAACUGAAGAUAGUCCUCCGCGAGCGUCUUAUUCAAAUAAAAGCAGUCGCCAAUCUUCUUUAAAGAAAGCAAAAUCUUCCUCACAACAUCGUUUAGAAGACAAAUCACUUGGAGAACCUUCCGGACAGCAAUUAAGACAACGUCAAUAUUAUGAGGAGCAAAGUGAUAGAGAUGAUUCAGACGAUUACGCAUACCCGGUUGAUACUAUAAAGCGAGCUCCGAAGAUGUCGAAAUCAGGGAGCAACUUCUUAUUUGAACGUGGGGAAUCAGUGGCUUACUCAGAUUCGGAACUGCCACAAGAUAAAGACGAAUAUGAAGAAUAUAGAAGUAGUCCUUAUCCAGAACAUUAUGAAGAAAUUGAGAUGUACCAAACGCAGGAGUGUUACCCGCAGUACGAACAAGAUUUAGAUGAUAAUAGGGAUCAUAAUGAAGAGCGUUACACUCGCAAUCUCGAUCAACGAUUCAGUCUGAACAACGUGGAAAGGUUCUAUUCUAGCCACUAUGUUGAUUCUCAGGCUUCUAGCGAUAGUCCCGAGCAAAAGUUUGACGUUUCUACUUUACCCCCGCCUUUGUGCUCUGAUGACGAAAACGAUUAAUCGCACUUGAGAUUAUAGUUUUAGUUUUGUCGUGGUCACUCGUCGUCUCCCCUCGUGUUAUCAGGUGUUCGUUGUUCGGUAUUCGUGUGUACUAUUUUACUCUGCGUUUAGAAAUUAUAGUUCUGAUUAAUGCAAUUAAUUGUUACAUUGACAUUUGUUAGGGUAAAUUAUUAUAUUGACUAUUUACAUCACUUUGAAUACCUGUUUAGAGAAAUCUAUAAAGAAAUAUAGUGCCAAUCCCCGGGUAGAGCAACCCUUUGACUCGUGUAAACAUUAUGCCAACUUGUACCUAGCUAAGUAAGUAAUUAGGUGUAGUUAUGUGUACUGAUCGAGAAUUAUUCGACUUUAACGUUUUACUGGAAUUCUGGUCAAUGUUUCAGUGGAAGUCAGUAAUUGAAAUUCACUAUGCUAUCUAGUUUCGUUUAGAUGAUCUAAAGCUGAAGCUGAAAAAAAUGCAUUACUAUUAGUGCCAAAUAUUUCUUGCUGAUAUUGCAGUACUGCAGAUUUACUUGUGAAUGUAAUAGCCAGUACAAGAGACAAGAAAAACUUAAGCAUUGACCAUUGACUUACAAUUAUAUGGACGUCGGGUCCGCGCUAAAAAGUGUCCGAACUUAUAGGGCGUUAAAAUCGUAUACAGAGCGUCAUUCACGCUUUAGUCUUCGUUU